AUGGAUGAAAGGAUUCAAGACCUAAAAAUGGAGAUAGAAGCAAUGAAGGAAACACACUAUGACACAAUCCUGGAAAUAGAAAACCUGGGGAAGAGGACAGGAUCUACAAACACAAGCAUCACCAACAGAGUACAAGAAACGGAAGAAAAAAGUCUCAGGGAUAGGAGAUACAACAGUCAUAGAAAAUGUAGAAUCUAUGACACUAUGAAAAGUCCAAAUGUAAGAAUAAUAAGAAUAGAAGAAAAAGGAGACUCCCAGCUCUAAUGCCCAGAAAAUAUUUUCAACAAAAUCAUAAGAGAAAACUUCCCCAACCUAAAAAAGGAAAUGACCACAAACGUACAAGAAGCCUACAGAACUCCUAGUAGAUUGCCUAAGAAAGGAAAAUCCUCCAGACACAUAAUAAUUAAAACACUAAAAAUACAGAACAAAGAAAGAAUAUUAAAGCUGCAAGAGAAAAAAGGCCAAGUAACAUAAGGCAAACCUAUCAGAAUUACACCUGACUUCUCAACAGAGACUAUAAAAGCCAGAAGGGCCUAGACAGACAAUGUCAUGCAGAUGCUAAGAGACCACAGAAACCAACCCAGACUACUAUACCCAGUAACGCUUUCAAUCACCAUAGAUGGAGAAAACAAGAUAAUUCACUACAAAAUGAAGUUUAAACAGUACCUAGCCACAAAUAGAGCCCUACAGAAGAUACUGGAGGGAAAACACCAACCCAAGGAGGGUAAUUUCACUCUGGAACUUUCUCAGAAAACUGCUACCUAG